CCACAGCCCGGGCCACCCUGUAUGGUCAGUGUUCACUCCCAGGUCCCUCAGCCUGGGAGCAAGGACGUUAGGCUCAGCCACACACCCAGCAGCGUCCAGUGUUCGGCUGGGCGGUGACUCAGGGCCUUCUCACGCCCCUGCUCCGUGUGUGGGGCGGGGCAGUCAGGGAAUGGACUGCUGCAUCUUGGACUUUGUCCUUGGCCCUGGGAGCCAUCUUGAAAUGGUAAAGGGGGACAGGCCAGGCCUGAGUCUUAGGUCCCUUGGGUGACCCCCAUGUGGAGGAGGCACCUGGGGAGAAGCCGGGUGGGGGAUGGGACGGUCGAGGAGGAGGUAUGGGAGGCCAACCCAGGGAUGGACCCGUUUGAUGCAGCCAGGUACUACCAAGCUGGCACUGGCAGCCACCAUGGACCUGGGCAACAAGAAGGCACAGCUGAAGAUCUACACGCGGCUGGCCACCAUCUACAACUUUCUCCUGGACCGUGAGAAGUCGCUCUUCUACCAGAAGACCAGGACCUUCACCAGAGAGCUCAACGUCCGCAGGGUCAACCUGCCUCCUCUGCCACUCUGCGGGUGGGCCCCCUUAGGUUGGCCCCCAGCCACCCUCGCUGAGGACAGCAUCUGAGGGAGUGGGUUUUGUGCAAGGAGGAUGGGCUCCUGCCUCUCCUGGUGUCUCCCGUGGCUCAUUUUCUGGGAAAUGGAGGCAUGAAAGCAGGGGUCAAAUAGCAAUAAAGGUUUGUUUUUUUUUUUUAUGCAAUAACA